UAAUAAAAUGAAAACAACACGUUUCAGAAACAACAUUGGAUUAUUUUGGAAUACAGAAAAUAGAGUUAAAUGUUCUGUAGAUUAUGUACCAUGAAAUAAAACUUUCGGGGAGGAAAAUGAAGGUUCGGCAAAGAGUUAAAUGCCAGGAUUUGAAUUGCUUAUGUACCAUGAAUUAAAACUUGCAGGGAUGGAAAUAAAGAUUCAGCAAAGAGACAGUUAAUGACAGGAUCUGAAUCGAUUCUGCACCUUGAAUUUAAACUUGCAGCGAUGGCAAUGAAGGUUCUGUAAAAGAGAUAGUUAAACGGCAGGAUCUGAAUCGAUUGUGUUUCUCUCCUGGCCUCCUCUCUCCGAGACAUCCUCCCUGGCCUGGGCAUGCAUUGGUAGCUCCCAAUCUGCUAUGUGCUGUAUGUGAAUGCUGGAGCUGCGAGCCCAGGGAUUGGACGUCCUUCCCCAUUCAGUCUGCGCCCUGGCUUGAUUGAAUACACAGAGCUGCAACGGCUGCUUCCUUUACUUGCUUGUCACUGUGUACUGUAGUAAUAAGGAGGCUGUGAACACGUUCCUGGAUUGCAGACAAGCUGCUUUGACUUUCUGGCCACUGUGGGAUAUUCUUAUGCUGUGUAACUACUGGAAAAUUUAAACGUGGGAGAGGGACAGAAGGAUAGAAGUUACCGCAUAGAAGUGAAAUAAAGAAGCUGCAGGAUAAGCUGAUACUUUGAAUUACUUGUAAAAGAAAUAUUUCCAGCUACAUCUCUUCUGCUCUAGAGUGAAUACAAUCCUUGUUCAUUGGAAUUGGUUGUGGGGGAUCCCAGGCGUGGAUAUUUAGUUGAAGGGAACUUUCAAGCAUCCAACAAAAGACUUGCUACUAACAAAAUGGAUAUAAAAGACCGAAGACACAGAUCUUUGACUAGAGGUCGCUGUGGAAAAGAAUGUCGAUAUACCAGCUCAUCAUUGGAUAGUGAGAACUGCAGAGUGCCUACUCAAAAGUCGUACAGCUCCAGUGAAACAUUAAAAGCUUAUGAUCAUGAAAACAGAAUGCAUUAUGGGAACCGAGUUUCUGACCUAGUUCACAGAGAGUCAGAUGAGUUUCCGAGGCAAGGAACAAACUUCACUCUGGCUGAACUAGGAAUAUGUGAGCCCUCUCCACACCAAGGUGGCUUUUGCUCGGAUGUUGGAAUACUUCACCAAACUUAUGCUUUGAGCGCUGGGUCUGACAUUGACUCUGAUAAUGAGGGAGGAAUGUCUCCUGAACAUGCAAUUCGAUUAUGGGGGAGAAGUAUAAAAUCCCGGAGAAGCUCUGGUCUGUCAAGUCGUGAAAACUCAGCGCUGACACUGACUGACUCUGACAAUGAAAAUAAAUCAGAUGAAGAGAACGGUUUAAAAUUAAUCAUGGAAAACAACUUCUUCAGAAAUGAUGGGUGCACGUACAAUCAGACCCGCGGGACCGCCAUGGGGAAGCGGGUAACCCCCUAUGCCAACCUAGUCAUGGGGAAGGAAAGUCCAAACUCCAAAUGCUGUUAUUCUGAGAGUGGUGGAGUGACAAAAUUAGGAAACCACACAAAUAAUAGGUAUCCGAAAACUCCAUGCCAUCUGGACCUCUACUCUGAAGGUCGUCCCAUCCCAUCUACAUCUUCGUCUAGCCUACUACCAUCUGCACAACUGCCCAGCUCCCAUAAUCCUCCACCUGUAGGCUGCCAGAUGCCACUGCUUGACAGCAAUACUUCUCAUCAGAUUAUGGACACUAACCCUGAUGAGGAGUUUUCUCCUAACUCAUACCUGCUCAGGGCAUGCUCGGGCUCACAGCAGCCUUCCAGCAGUGAACUCGCAGAAGGACAAAGAGAGGGAGAUGGAGAAACAUAUAUACUCUACCUCCAAACUGAGGCUUCUACACUGCUGAGGGAGGGAGACAAAAAACAAAGAUUUCUAGGAGGCCCGACAAAUCAUCAUAGCCAGUCAACACUUCGGCCUCCUCUUCCUCCUCCUCACAACCACACUCUCUCUCACCACCACUCUUCUGCCAAUUCUCUAAAUAAGAAUUCCCUGACCAACCGAAGAAACCAGAUUCAUGCACCAGCACCGGCUCCCAAUGAUAUGGCCACAACCCCAGAGUCGGUUCAGCUUCAGGACAGCUGGGUACUCAACAGCAAUGUUCCACUGGAAACCAGGUACAGUGUGCCUCCUAGAAUAAGACACUUCUUGUUCAAGACAUCAUCUGGAACAACUCCUUUAUUCAGCAGCUCUUCUCCUGGAUAUCCCCUGACUUCAGGAACAGUUUAUACACCUCCUCCGAGGCUUCUACCCCGAAACACCUUCUCCAGAAAUGCCUUCAAGCUGAAAAAACCAUCUAAGUAUUGCAGCUGGAAAUGUGCAGCAUUAUCGGCUAUAGCUGCGGCUGUCCUUCUUGCUAUUUUAUUGGCUUACUUCAUUGCAAUGCAUCUCCUCGGACUGAACUGGCAGCUCCAGCCAGCAGACGGACAUACCUUCAACAAUGGCAUAAGAACCAGCAGUGAUGAUGUUGCAACAAUGCCAUCUGGAGGCAAAGGUCCUUGGACUAAUACAAGAAACAGCAGCAUAGACAAUGGAGAAGUGGAAAUUGGCCGUCGGAUCACCCAAGAAGUACCAGCGGGGGUGUUUUGGCGAUCACAUAUCCAUGUUACCCAGCCACAGUUUCUAAAAUUCAACAUAUCCUUAGGAAAAGAUGCCUUGUUUGGAGUUUACAUACGAAGGGGUUUGCCUCCAUCACAUGCUCAGUACGACUUCAUGGAGCGCUUGGACGGCAAGGAGAAGUGGAGUGUAAUCGAAGCCCCAAGAGAGCGCCGCAGCAUUCAGACGCUGGUACAGAAUGAAGCUGUGUUUGUCCAGUACUUGGAUGUUGGAAUUUGGCACUUGGCCUUCUACAAUGAUGGAAAGGACAAGGAAAUAGUGUCAUUUAAUACAGUUGUCCUUGAUUCUGUUCAAGAUUGUCCUAGAAAUUGUGAUGGAAAUGGGGAAUGUGUUUCAGGAGUCUGCCAUUGCUUUCCUGGAUUCCAUGGAGCAGACUGUGCAAAAGCUGCUUGUCCAGUGUUGUGCAGUGGCAAUGGGCAGUACUCCAAGGGCACUUGCAUCUGCUACAGCGGCUGGAAAGGGGCAGAAUGUGAUGUACCCAGCAGUCAAUGUAUAGACCCUUCCUGCAGCACUCAUGGGUCUUGCAUGGAAGGAAACUGUGUAUGUUCUGCGGGAUUCAAAGGGGACAACUGUGAAGAAGUGGAUUGUAUUGACCCAACAUGCUCCAACCAUGGAGUGUGUGUGAAUAAAGAAUGUCUCUGCAGUCCUGGCUGGGGUGGCCAGAAGUGUGAAUUGCCAAGGAGUCAAUGUCCAGAUCAGUGCAGUGGACAUGGGACAUACCUCACUGACACUGGUCUGUGCAGCUGUGAUCCAAACUGGAUGGGUCCCGAUUGCUCUGUUGAGGUAUGCUCUGUGGACUGUGGUACUCAUGGCGUUUGUGUUGGUGGAGCAUGUCGCUGUGAAGAAGGGUGGACUGGCGUGGCAUGUGACCAACGUGUUUGCCACCCUCGCUGCACUGAACACGGAACUUGCAAAGAUGGAAAAUGUGAAUGCAGAGAGGGCUGGAAUGGGGAGCACUGCACCAUUGGUAGGCAAACGACGGGCAUCGAAAGAGAUGGCUGCCCUGAUCUGUGCAAUGGCAAUGGGAGAUGCACACUUGGUCAGAACAGCUGGCAGUGUAUCUGCCAGACCGGCUGGAGAGGGUCUGGAUGCAAUGUUGCCAUGGAAACUUCUUGUGCUGAUAACAAGGAUAAUGAGGGAGAUGGGCUUGUUGACUGCCUGGACCCAGACUGUUGUUUGCAAACAACUUGCCAGGCGAGUUUACUUUGCCGUGGAUCACGUGACCCUCUUGAUAUCAUCCAGCAAAGCCAGUCAGGCUCACCAGCAGUAAAGUCUUUUUAUGAUCGAAUCAAACUUCUGGUAGGAAAAGACAGCACGCACAUCAUUCCUGGAGAAAAUCCUUUCAACAGCAGCCUUGUCUCAUUAAUAAGGGGACAAGUCAUGACCGAAGAUGGAACCCCACUGGUUGGAGUCAAUGUGUCUUUUGUAAAACAUCCAAAAUAUGGCUAUACUAUAACACGCCAGGAUGGCACGUUUGAUUUAAUAGCCAAUGGUGGAUCUUCUCUUACUCUUCACUUUGAGAGGGCCCCUUUCAUAAGCCAGGAGAAAACCGUGUGGUUACCAUGGAACAGCUUUUAUGCUAUGGACACUUUGGCAAUGAAGACUGAAGAAAACUCUAUUCCUAGUUGUGACCUAAGUGGUUUUGUAAGGCCAGACCCAGUUAUUAUCUCUUCACCACUUUCAUCCUUCUUCAGUUCUUCACCCAGACGCAACCCUAUAGUUCCAGAGACUCAGGUUCUCCACGAGGAGAUAGAGAUGCCAGGCUCAAACCUAAGACUGUGUUAUCUGAGUUCUCGAACUCCAGGAUACAAGUCAUUGCUGAAGAUUACUAUGACCCAGUCAACUGUUCCACUUAACCUUCUUAAAGUUCAUUUGAUGGUGGCAGUAGAAGGACACCUGUUUCAGAAGACUUUCCAGGCAUCACCAAAUUUAGCCUAUACAUUUGACUGGGAUAAAAAUGAUGCAUAUGGGCAGAAAGUAUAUGGACUUUCAGAUGCUGUAGUCUCUGUUGGCUUUGAAUAUGAAACUUGCCUUGGCCUUAUUUUAUGGGAGAAAAGAACUGCAGUCUUGCAAGGAUUUGAACUGGACCCUUCAAACCUUGGAGGAUGGUCCCUGGACAAGCACCAUAUACUUAAUGUUAAAAGUGGCAUCCUGCAUAAAGGCAGUGGAGAAAAUCAGUUCCUUUCUCAACAACCUGCAGUCAUAACGAGCAUUAUGGGUAACGGGCGGAGGAGAAGUAUAUCUUGCCCUAGCUGCAACGGCCUCGCUGAAGGGAACAAGCUAUUGGCUCCGGUGGCUCUUGCAGUUGGAAUUGAUGGAAGCCUCUUUGUGGGAGAUUUUAAUUAUAUACGACGCAUCUUUCCCUCCAGAAAUGUCACCAGUAUUCUGGAACUUCGAAACAAAGAAUUUAAACAUAGCAACAACAUAGCACAUAAAUAUUAUCUGGCAGUUGAUCCUGUGUCAGGCUCAAUAUAUCUGUCUGACACAAACAGUCGCAGAAUUUACAGAAUCAAAUCCCUGAUAGGGGCCAAGGAUAUUGCAACUAACUCAGAAGUCAUUGCUGGCAAUGGAGAACAAUGUAUGCCCUUUGAUGAGGCUAGAUGUGGUAAUGGAGGGAAGGCAGUUGAUGCCAUUCUGACUAACCCCCGAGGAAUUGCUAUUGAUAAGAAUGGAUUCAUUUAUUUUGUUGAUGCAACAAUGAUUCGAAAAGUAGACCCGAACGGACUCAUUUCUACGCUGUUAGGAUCCAAUGACCUGGCGGCAGGACGACCUUUAAGCUGUGAUUCUAGUAUGGACAUCACUCAGGUUCGCAUGGAAUGGCCGACAGAUUUAGCUGUUAACCCUAUGGACAACUCUCUCUACGUCUUAGAGAACAAUGUCAUUUUGCGCAUAACAGAAAACCACCAAGUAAGCAUCAUAGCGGGACGUCCCAUGCACUGCCAGGUGCCUGGCAUAGACUAUUCCUUAAGCAAGCUAGCUAUUCAUUCCGCACUCGAAUCUGCCAGUGCCAUAGCUAUUUCCCACACUGGGAUCCUUUACAUUGCAGAAACAAAUGAGAAGAAGAUUAAUCGAAUAAGACAAGUGACAACUAAUGGUGAAAUCUCUCUUUUAGCCGGUGCAGCUUCAGACUGCAACUGCAAAGAUGAUGUCAAUUGCAAUUGUUAUGCUGGGGAUGAUGGCUAUGCCACAGAUGCCUUCUUAAACUCUCCGUCAUCUUUGGCUGUGGCACCUGACGGCACAGUAUACAUUGCAGAUCUUGGAAAUAUCCGUAUAAGAGCUGUUCUUCAAAACAGACCUGUUCUCACUUCAUUUAAUCAGUAUGAAGUUGCAUCCCCAGGGGAACAAGAGCUAUACAUAUUUAAUAUCAAUGGGAUUCAUCAGUACACUCAGAGCCUGGUUACCGGAGAAUACCUUUACAAUUUUACUUACAGCACUGACAGUGAUGUGAUAGAAGUUAUCGAUAAUAGCAAAAACUCUUUGAAAAUCCGCAGGGAUUCUAAUGGCACCCCGCGGCAUUUCCUGAUGCCAGACAAUCAAAUAAUCACCCUCACACUUACUACUAACGGAGCACUGAAGUUGGUCUCUACACAGAGUUUGGAGUUAUCUUUGAUGACGUAUGAUAGCAAUACCGGGCUCCUGGCUACGAAGAGUGAUGAGACUGGUUGGACAAUGUUUUAUGAUUAUGACAACGAGGGCCGCUUGACCAAUGUAACCCGACCAACUGGAGUUGUCACCAGUCUCCAUCGAGAAAUGGAAAAGUCUAUUACAAUCGACAUUGAAAACUCCAACCGGGAUGAUGAUGUCACUGUUAUAACCAAUCUGUCGUCAGUGGAGGCAUCAUAUACAGUCGUGCAAGAUCAAGUAAGGAACAGUUACCAGUUAUGUAGUAACGGAACCUUGAGAGUAAUGUAUGCUAAUGGAAUGGGGAUCAGUUUUCAUAGUGAACCCCAUAUUCUUGCUGGUACAGUGACACCUACAAUUGGAAGACGCAAUAUUUCUUUACCCAUGGAGAAUGGACUAAACUCCAUUGAAUGGAGGUUACGAAAAGAACAGACAAAAGGCAAAGUAACUGUAUUUGGAAGGAAGCUCCGGGUGCAUGGGAGAAACUUGCUGUCAAUAGAUUUUGAUAGAAAUUCUCAUACAGAAAAAAUAUAUGAUGAUCAUCGGAAGUUUACUCUAAGAAUUGUCUAUGAUCAGUCAGGGCGGCCGCUCUUGUGGCUUCCAAGCAGUGGACUUGCACCUGUCAAUGUAUCCUAUUUCUUAAAUGGUCGCUUAUCUGGACUUCAGCGUGGAGCAAUGAGUGAAAGAACCGAGAUGGAUAAGCAGGGAAGAAUUAUUUCUCGUGCUUUCGCAGACGGAAAGACAUGGAGCUAUACGUAUCUUGAAAAGUCUAUGGUGCUUCUUCUUCAAAGUCAGAGGCAGUACAUCUUUGAAUACGACUCAUCAGACCGCCUUUACUCUGUAACUAUGCCAAGUGUAGCACGACAUAGUAUGUCAACUCAUACAUCUAUUGGCUACAUCCGGAACAUAUACAAUCCUCCAGAAAGCAAUGCAUCAAUCAUUUUUGACUACAGUGAAGAUGGAAGAAUUCUAAAAACUUCCUAUCUUGGUACUGGUCGACAAGUGUUCUAUAAGUACGGAAAACUUUCCAAACUAUCAGAGAUCAUUUAUGACAGUACUGCUGUCACUUUUGGUUAUGAUGAAACUACAGGCGUUUUAAAAAUGGUCAACCUUCAGAGUGGUGGUUUCUCUUGUACAAUACGUUAUCGAAAAAUUGGACCCUUAGUGGACAAACAAAUAUACAGGUUUUCUGAAGAAGGGAUGGUGAAUGCAAGAUUUGACUACACAUACCAUGACAACAGUUUCCGUGUUGCAAGUAUUAAGCCUAUCAUAAGUGAAACGCCACUUCCUGUUGAACUAUACCGCUAUGAUGACAUUUCUGGGAAAAUUGAGCAUUUUGGUAAAUUUGGAGUCAUUUACUAUGAUGUUAAUCAAAUUAUUACCACUGCUGUGAUGACACUAACAAAACAUUUCGACACUCAUGGCCGCAUCAAAGAAGUCCAGUAUGAAAUAUUUAGGUCACUCAUGUAUUGGAUGACUGUGCAGUAUGACAGUAUGGGACGAGUUAUAAAGAGAGAACUAAAGUUAGGUCCUUAUGCUAACACAACCAAGUACACAUAUGAAUAUGAUGGAGAUGGUCAGCUGCUGACUGUUGCUGUUAAUGACAGACAAACAUGGCGCUACAACUAUGACCUAAAUGGUAACCUGUAUCUGUUGACCCCUGGAAAUGGUGUCCGCCUUCUGCCAUUGAGAUAUGACCUCAGAGACAGAAUAACACGUCUGGGGGAUGUACAGUAUAAAAUUGAUGAUGAUGGGUUUUUGAGCCAAAGAGGUGCAGAUAUUUUCGAUUACAACUCAAAAGGUCUUCUCACCAGAGCAUACAAUAAGGUCCUUGGAUGGAAUGUACAAUAUCGUUAUGAUGGAUUGGGACGUAGAGCAUCAUGCAAAACCAACUUAGGGCUCCAUCUACAAUUUUUCUAUGCUGAUCUCCAUAACCCAACAAGAGUUACUCAUGUUUACAAUCACUCAAACUCUGAAAUUGUUUCUUUGUAUUAUGAUUUGCAAGGCCAUCUUUUUGCAAUGGAAAGCAGCAGUGGGGAAGAAUAUUACAUUGCAUCAGAUAACACAGGUACACCAUUAGCAGCUUUCAGCAUCAAUGGGGUAAUGAUUAAACAGCUGCAGUAUACACCCUUUGGAGAAAUUUAUUUUGAUUCCAAUCCAUACUUUCAGCUUGUCAUUGGGUUUCAUGGAGGACUGUAUGAUCCAUUAACAAAACUUGUGCAUUUUGCCCAGCGAGAUUAUGAUGUGUUGGCUGGACGUUGGAUAUCUCCAGAUUACACAAUGUGGAAGAAAAUUGGAAAGGACCCUGCACCAUUCAAUUUAUACAUGUUUAAGAACAAUAAUCCUCUGAGUACUGAAAUGGACUUAAAAAACUAUGUGACAGAUGUGCAAAGCUGGCUUGUGAUGUUUGGAUUUCAACUGAGCAAUAUCAUUCCCGGCUUCCCAAGAUCCAAACUGCAUUUUGUGCCACCUCCAUAUGAACUGACGGAAAGUCAAGAAUGUGAAAAUGGACAGCUAAUUACGGGUGUUCAACAGACCACUGAAAGACAUAAUCAAGCAUUUAUGGCAUUAGAGGGUCAAACCAUAGUGAAGCGGCUGCAUGCAAACAUAAGGGAAAAACUGGGACACUGGUUUGCUACCGCAGUUCCUAUAAUUGGAAAAGGAAUAAUGUUUGCAAUCAAAGAAGGUAAAGUGACAACAGGAAUGUCCAGCAUUGCCAGUGAAGACAGCCGGAAAAUUGCUCUUGUGCUUAACGGAGCUCACUACCUGGAAAAAAUGUACUACAACAUUGAAGGAAAGGACACUCAUUAUUUUGUCAAAAUCGGCUCCUCCGACAGCGAUCUAGUCACCUUGGGUCUGACAACUGGUCGCAAAACGCUAGACAGUGGGGUCAAUGUCACAGUCUCUCAGCCAACCCUGCUGAUAAAUGGAAGGACUCGCAGGUUUACAAACAUAGAGUUCCAGCAUUCCUCUCUCAUUUUAAACAUCCGCUAUGGGUUGACUGUCGACACCCUGGAUGAAGAGAGAGCGCGAGUUCUUGACCAAGCACGUCAGAGGGCAUUGAGCGCAGCUUGGGCUAAAGAGCAGCAAAAGGCACGAGAUGGCAAAGAAGGUAGUCGCUUAUGGACUGAGGGUGAAAAGCAGCAAAUUCUAAGCACAGGAAGAGUUCAAGGAUACGAAGGGUACUAUGUCCUUCCAGUAGAGCAGUAUCCAGAACUAGCAGACAGCAACAGUAACAUCCAGUUCUUGAGACAAAAUGAAAUGGGAAAGAGGUAACAAAUUAAUCUGCUGUCAUCCGUCCCGGGAUGAAUCAGUAGUAAUAACUGUUAUCUCCUCUCCUAAGGAGAUGAAGACCUAAAUGGGGCACUAGGCUGAAUUGUUUUGAGACAGUUAAGCAGCAACAAAAGCUCACAUUUUUUGAGUAAACUGCUGCUGACAACCACAAAUCGAAGUGGACUUAAAGCCUGACAAAGUAAAACACAACUAAACAAAGUACCCCUGUGAUAUUACCCACUUCUUCUGGGUCUCUCUUACAAAUAAUAAUAAGAAUUAAGGCCUCUGAUUACCUCACUUCUUUGAUGUGGGGGAAAUACAGAAACACAAAAUUUCCCAGCGGCCGCCCUUGCAAGACCUUUUGCUGAAAACUACUCAGACUGCUUCUUUGAUAAGUAUUCCAACAUUUUGAUUUACAAAGAAUGCUUACUGCAUUGAAAAAUAAAGACUAAGACUAUGGAGUGAUUUCUAGAAACAACUCUAAAACUAAGAGCACUGGAUAAACUCUGACAAGAAACACAAACUUACUUGCACUCUUAUCCCAAAAUGCUCUUACUUAAUUUAUUCAUUAAGUGGGUAGAGUGUGACGUGUGAGUCAAAUGGCUUUCACUACAGUUAAAUUCAUCCUCUUGUUUGUAUUUGAGAAAUCCAUUGUGGACAAUACAGUAUAACACAGUUACAGGGUGUAGUCUGUUUAGAAUCAGUAGUUUGUUGGUAUCAGUUUCAGUAGAGAUGUGGGCAUUGUGACACUAUCGCAAAUGGGCACCACUUCUGAUCACCCUGUUAAUAUAAGAAGGCCAGAUGGCACAAUCACUGUUUCAGAUUAAAACUAGAAAUGUGUUUGUUUGGUCAAAACAAUAAACUGAGACAAUCACCUUACAGUCACCACAAAAUGAUUAUGAACUUUGGUAUUUUUUUUUUUUUUUUUUUGUAAUAUACAUGUAUGAACUGUUCAUUGAGUUUUUAUAUUAUUUUAAUUUGCUGCUAAAUGAAAAUUAGAGACAGGCAAAGAUAAUUUAUGGCAAAGUGUUUAAAUUGUUUAUACAUAAAUAAAGUCUCUAAAACUGUG